ACCGCGCCGGCCAAGAAGAUCACCUUCUUCAAGAGCGGCGACGCCAAGUUCGGCGGCGUUCGGAUGGCCAUCCACCACCGCAGCUUCAAGUGCUUCGACGCCCUGCUGGACGACCUGUCGCAGAAAGUGCCCUUGCCCUUCGGGGUGCGCACCAUCACCACCCCCCGCGGGACGCACAGCAUCAAGCGACUCGAGCAGCUGCAGGACGGCGGCUGUUACCUGUGCUCCGACCGACGCCACACCAAACCCAUCAACAUGGAAGUGGCCGGCAAGCGGCCAACCAUGUGGCACCACCACAGCCGCCCGCACAGCGGCCGCCGCAAGCCCACCAGGCCCGACGAGGCCCCGCCAUCCGAGCACGCCGGCGGCGGCAGCCCGCACUUCCUGCGGCACCCCAAACGCAUCGUGCUGGUGAAGAACGCAGACCCGUCGGUCAGGCGCUCCAUCAUCCUGAGCCGCAGGACGGGGCGCAGCCUCCGCGUCUUCUUGGAGGAGGCGUCGGAGCUCAUGCAGUGCCACAUCAAGAAACUCUACACCAUCGAGGGCCGCAAGAUUGACAGCAUCCAGAGCCUGGUGCACAGCCCUAAUGUGCUGGUGUGUGUGGGUCGGGAGCCAUUCCGGCCACUCAUGGUGGACUGUCACAAGAACUCACAAGAGGAGAAGCUUCCGGGCAUGGGCAGCCGAUCCCGCUCCAGCCUCUGCAGUGACGGACAUGAGAGCAAGAAAAAUGUUAAUUUUGGCCUCGAGACAAAGAAGAGCAUCAUUCACCCAAGGUGCGACUCAAGCAACAGGUCGACCAGAUUCUCCCUGUCGUCAGAAAAAUCAAACGGAGUAUGCACGCCUGGUCAAUCUGGCUAUGUUGCCACCUGCACCCAUGGAAAGGAACCAUUCAUAAACGAUGACAUCGAGAAGCGUGUUCUCGUAAACAAAGACGGCAGCCUCUCGGUAGAAAUGAAAGUCCGCUUCCGCCUCACCAACGACGAGACUCUCCAGUGGUCUACAGAGAUCAAGAAAUCGCCGCUGGCCUCAAAUGACACCCUCAACGAGAAGGAAGCCAAUACUCACUAUUUGCAGCAAGCUAAAGAGUCCUCGGAGCACGAGUCCAGCGGAGAGGUUGAAGAGGUGUAUACCACAAAGCUGAAAAAGAGACACAUACAGGUAGAUGAGUCUCGCUGUGAGAACUGCUGCAAUCACUGCCAGGAGUACGACAUCUGGAAAAACCCCAUACACAGGGAACACCACAGGAAAGCCAGGCACGUGAAGUCCUCGAGCUCCAGUGCGUCGUCCCAUAAAGUGGUCCACAAGGAGGCCUCUGUGGACAGCGUCCAGUCGCGGACAAUCUCCCGCUCCAGCGAAGAGUACACAGAGCACGUGGUGGAGAAGUUCCAUCAGCAGACGAUGGAUGGAGGAGACACCGUGGUGGAGUACUGCACCAUAAGCCGAUGCUGCAGCCGCAGCGAGGUCUGCUCCACAGCGACAACGUCAAAGAAGAAGGCAGAGGGAGGUGAGAAUAGACCUGAUACCACAGAGCGGAGGCAACUGUGCUGUGUUGAGGUUACCAAAGCAUCAGACACAGAUGAUCGCCCUGUUUCUGAGACUAGCACCUCCUCAAAAGUGCUCGAGUCUCUCAGGGAGGAUCAAGACGACGACUUUGAUGACUUUGCCCCCAGUGCGUCCAGGAACUCUCGGCAUUCUCCAGAGGUGCGACACCUGUAUCAGACACAUCUGGGAUAG